AUGUCUACUUUGCAUAGACAAGUGGUUAAAGAGAAAUUGAAUUCAUCCAGGUUUUUUGUUAAGACAGAGACUGAGGGUUUGGAUAUGAAUGAAUCAGAGGUAGAUGUUGAUUAUGAGGGACGAGACGAAUUCUAUGAUGAGAAUUUGAAAACGAGAGGUUUUAGUGUAGAGGAGAGAUCUAGAACGAAUGAAUUUGUUAAGAUAGAUAAUGAGGAUUUUAAUGCUUUAUGGUCGGGUUAUUUUGAAAGAUCUUUGAAGAUUGGACCAUUUCAGGUGUAUUUGACGUUACCUAAAUUGUCAGAAACAAAGGAAGAGACGGGAAUGGCUUUUUUUAUUAUGCAUCAUGGUGCAGGAUCGUGUGGAUUGAGUUUUGCCUGUUUGGCUAAAGAAAUUACUGAAAUAACUAAUGGAAGUUGUGGAAUAAUAUCAUUUGAUGUUCGUGGACAUGGAGUAUCGGAUGAGGUGUUUCGAAAUGGUCUAUUAGAUCUUGGAUUAGAAGAAUUAUGUAAGGAUUUUGUUAGAAUUGUACAGCUUGUUUUCCAAGAAUUUGGCUUGGAUGAUAUAUCAGAAAUUAUUUUGGUUGGUCAUAGCAUAGGAGGUGCUGUUCUUUCUCAUGUGGCAAAAAAUCAGUUAUUACCAAAUAUUUUGGGUUGCGCGGUUUUAGAUAUAGUAGAGGGAUCGGCUAUCAACUCUUUUUCGACAAUGAUGUAUCAUCUUUUAAAGAGGCCAAAAUCUUUUAAUACAAUACAAGAAGCAAUUGAUUGGCAUUUGAAAAACAAAAUUCUAAAAAAUGAACAAUCUGCCAAGGUUUCUGUACCUUUACUCUUUAAAAAGCAAAUAUCUACCGAUACAAAUAAAACUAAAUGGGUUUGGAAAGUCAAUUUAAAUGAAACUGAACAUUUUUGGCAUGAAUGGCUAAAUGAUCUUUCCAAUUGCUUUUUAGCUAUUCCAUCUGCAAAAUUACUUAUUCUUUCAAGUAAAGAUAGGCUUGAUAAAACACUAAUGAUUGCUCAAAUGCAAGGAAAAUUUCAAUUGAUUACUUUUCAAAACACCAGUCAUUUUAUUCAUGAAGAUUUACCCGAAUUAACUGCAAAAUCGGUUUGUUCUUUAAAUCCUUUCAUUCCUUCAUAUAACCCUUAUAAAUAG